AUGGCCUUCUUCGGCCUAACCGCUCUAGGCCCGCAGAACAGCUUUCAGGUGGCCCUUCUGGACUUCAGCUAUCUUGAUGUUUUCACGGCUUUGGACAUGGAGAAAGCGUUCAACAUCGUCGAUCACCAGAAGCGAGGCUACAUACACUCGGACCAGGUUGAAGCGUUCCUGACCGAAUUGUACCACGGGAAGCCGAUAGCUUGCGAUCUGGCUAGAUUUAUGGAGAAGAAGAAAUCGUUGGAGGGGCAGGAGAACCGCGUGACGUUGGACGACAUUCAAUCUACGAUGGCCCAGCUCAGGAAGGAGGCCAAGUAUGUAACGAGGGGGGUCUUCGCGCCAAAUAGCGAGCUUGAAAUCGCCUUCCUCAAGCAAGCCACGGCACCGUUCGGACUACUCUCCAAAUUCACUGUAGAGUGA